ACAAACCAAACAGAAAUGCAGCACAUGAAGUACAUUAUGAACUUGUGGGGUGAGAACAAGUUCAUGUAGUGUCAGACCACCACAUAGAUUGGUUUACUGCAUCUCUCUAUUAUGUGCAUAUAUAGAUUUAUCCAAAAAAAAAAAAGAGUGAAAGGACAACUUUUUGUUGAAUUUGCAGUUUACUCCUUGGAAGUAUUCCCUGCUUUAGGUUUGAAGGAUCUGAGAGUUCCAUAUUUUCCAUAUAAUUUAAAUUGAUGCCUCUGCCCCCUCAUCUUCCUCCAUCCCUCCAUGAAAGCACCUCGGGGACAGACAUAAAAUGGAAGGAAGCAAUGCCUCAGAUGAUGAGUACAUAGACAUGGAGAUAAGCUUGAGCUUCUUAACCGAUGAUCCAUCCAAGUCAUCUGGUUCGAGCUUCCUCGGUUCAUCGAUGCAGCAGAGCAGAGACUUCGAGUUCCCGAUAGGCUCGGCUCCUCAGGACAGGACAGAGACAGAGUUCCCUGCAGACGAGCUCUUCUAUAAGGGGAAGCUCCUACCUCUCCACCUCCCUCCUCGGCUGCAAAUGGUCCAGAGGCUUCAGAGCCCCAAGCCAAAGAGAUUCCUUCAUCACCAAGGACGGGAAGCCGAUUACGAGGAAGAAGACGACGAUGAGUUGGAAGAGGAAGACAUGUAUUCACUUCCCGCUGAUCUGAUCAUGCUGUCGACAGCUCCUUCCACGAACACGAGCACCCCCUUGAUCGGUUCCUGCAACAUCUCGCCUUCCGUGUCCUGCAGGGUCAGCUGCGAGCUCAACCCUGAAGAAGAUGAUUGCUUCUUUGAGUUGUCCAACGAGCUCCGAGGUUUCAUUCACCGUGAUGAGAAGAAGCGGUCCCUGAAUGGCAGCAAGUGCGUAUCCGUAUCAUCCUCCGCGCUAUGGUCCAAGAGGCUGAAGCAGAUCAAGCAGUCUCUGCUCUGCCAGAAGCUCAAGGCCUCAAAGGCUUAUAUCAGGUCACUCUUCUCCAAGAACCUUGGUGGAGGAAGGGGGGACGGCUGCUCAGGUGCAGCCGGGGCCAGGGCUCCGAGCAAUGUGGGCCUAGGGAAUGGCCCGGAAGGGUUCGGGAAUUUACAGAAGAGAGUUCCAUCUGAGCAGACUGAGAGUCGAGGCCGCAACUAUAACUACAAGAGCUUGUCGUCGUCCGUCAUGAAGAGGAUCGACAGGGAGUUGGCAGAGAGAGGGGCCAUCAGCAGCCACCGGAAGUCCUUCUCGUCCGCGAUUCAGCAGCAUUCCGCGGCCAAUAAACCCUCCUCCUCCUCCUCUACCUCGUCAUCCUCAUCCACGUCUUCUUCUUCUUCUUCUUCUUCUUCAUAUUCAUCCUCAUUCUCGUUUAAGUUGAACAGCGGGGCACCGUGCAAGUUUCAGCUGCUGAAGAGGAGCAGCAGCGUGAGCUCAGAGCUCGAGAACUCCAUCGAGGGAGCUAUUGCUCAUUGCAAGAAGUCCCAUAAGCUGCUCUGUCCCCAAAAUAUUACUGCUACAGUUACAAGUGAAAUUUCCUCCUGCUAAUUCCAUUGCAAUGCAGAAGGACCCGGGAAAAAGAUUCUGUAACACGAUGCGCACAUCUCUUGGAAACAAAGUGCUAUGAUCGAAUCAUUGUACGACAAUGUCCUUCAUGCCUGUUUACAGUUACAGCACAGUACAGCAAAGGUUGUUCAUUUAUUUCUGGUCCUGGCUGGGUUGAUCUCAACGGAUCAAAGCUCGUUGUCAUGAUUCAUGGGUCAGUCACAUAAUUUUCUGACAUUUAAACGCGUAAAACGUGUUUCAAA